CUGGCGGGGAUGGCCAGGAGGGUGGCAGGAGCAGAGGAACCGGUUCACCAUGGAAUAUGAAGCCAAGAAAGGGAAGAAGGGCUUUGUGUCUCCCAUCCGAAGGCUGGUGUUCCCAAAGGCUGCACGCCAAGCUGCCUUCAGGAACCAUGUCAGUCGCAGGCCCCUGCACUCUAUGCCUCUGUAUCCUCCUGACUACCUCAUCGACCCCCACAUCCUGCUGUGUGACUACCUGGAGAAAGAGGUCAAGUUCCUGGGCCACCUCACCUGGGUGACUUCCUCCCUGAACCCCUCCAGCCGAGACGAGCUCCUGCAGCUGCUGGACACUGCCAGGCAGCUGAAGGAGUUGCCUCUGAAGACCACUCCGGAGCAGGACAGCAUCCUGAGUCUGUCGGCACGCUGCCUGUUGCUCACUUGGCGGGACAACGAGGAGCUCAUCCUGCGCAUCCCCACGCACGAGAUCGCCGCUGCCUCCUACCUGCAGGACGACGCGCUGCAUCUGCUAGUGCUUAAGACCGGUCUGGGCGUGGACCCGGUGCCGGCGGGCGUAGACGCCAGCCCCGGAGGUACGGGCCGAGAUCCGGGCCCUCCUGGCGCCGCACCCGAAAAGCGGCGGGUGGGCACCGCCGAGCGACGCCACACCAUCUGCAGCCUGGACUGGCGCAUGGCGUGGGGCGGGGGUGCGGGCGCCGAGGCCCGGGCGGCGGGCGGCGGCGGCAGCCUGGAGCGGCAGCGCGCGGGAGCUCGGGCGUCGGGCAGCUGGGAGCGGCGACAGACGUUCAGCGGCAGCUGGGAGCGGCGACACGCGGGCGGCGGCGCGGGCAAGCCGGGCGGCAGCUGGGAGCGGCGGCAGGCGGGCGGCGGCGUCGGCGGCAGCUGGGAGCGACGCCACCCCGGCCCCAACCCGCUGGAUCCCCAGAACCCCAGCCCGGAUGCCUACUGCAACCUGGUCAUCCUAGCUGUGGCCAACAGGGAUGCUGCUGAGGAGUCCUGUGCACUCAUCUGUCAAGUCUUCCAGAUCAUCUAUGGAGACCAGAGCAUCGAGUGUGUAGACCGGGCCGGCUACCAUUACAGAUCCACACCAAAGCGGCCAUGGCUCUCCAGCUGCAGUGAGAGCUGCCGUACAGAUGGGACGUUUGCCUACGACGCCGACUUGAGCUGCUGCAGCUCCUUCAAUGGCUCCCAGGACACAUUUGAAGCAUGUUACAGUGGUGCAUCCACACCAUCUUUCCAUGGCUCCCACUGCAGCAGUAUUGACCACAGUAGCUGGGCCUUCGAGCAGCUACAGGAUUACAUGGUCACGCUGCGGAGUAAGCUGGGUCCCCCUGAGAUCCAGCAGUUUGCAAUACUGCUACGAGACUAUCGCCUGGGGCUGCCUAUCCAGGAAUUCUGUGCAGGCCUGCAGAAACUCUAUGGGGACCGUAGGAAGUUCCUUCUCAUUGGGAUGCGGCCCUUUAUUCCGGACCAGGACAUUGGCUACUUUGAGAGCUUCCUGGAGAGUGUGGGCAUCCGUGAGGGUGGCAUCCUCACCGACAGCUUCGGCCGCAUCAAGCGCAGCAUGAGCUCCACGUCUGCCUCUGCGGUGCGCAGCUACAGCUACGACGGGGCAGCCCAGCGGCCCGAGGCGCAGACCUUCCACCAGCUGCUGGCCGACAUUACACACGACAUCGAGGCUCUGGCCCCCGACGACGACGACGUCUACGAGGAUGUCUCCCCAAGCGGGGGCGAUCAGGGUGAAGACAACUACCUAUAGCCCCGCUGCCCGCCUCGGGUCUCACACACUUGCUCGUGGGACACCAUCCUCUGAGUGCCCAGACAUCCUGGGUUCCCAUCUGUGCCUUCUGGGCUUCUGUUGCUACAGAUGGGUUUCUAGGGUUUCAGUUCCUGCAAUACCAAGAACGUCCUGCAGACUGCUUUACUCUAGGGAGAGCCAGACCCUAGAGUUCUCUACAGGAUGAAGAAUCCCUCCACCUACUGGCCGACAGAAAAGAUUUCCAAUCCAAGCCCCAGUUUUCUGCACACCCUGCCCAGCCUCAAAAUAAAAGCAUUUUCAGAGCCCAGAGACCUCUCUUCAAUUUUACAGGCUGAGAAACUGAGAAGUUUGUUGUUGUUGUCGUUUUGCUUUGUUUUUUUAAGGAAUAAAUAUGAGGGAAUGACCCUGUUCUUCUUGUAUAUCACUACCUAUUUCCACAUCUGUACAAUAAUUUCACCUCUUUUCACAAGUGGUCAUCGGGAUGAAUGGAGGUCAAGACCUUAGUAUUGAGGUCAAGACCUUUGCCUAGCAUGCGUAGAUGUUCAGUAAAUGCUGUUUCCUUCCACUUGGAAUGUUUUCUGACUCAGUUUACCUACCGUUCCUGGGAGCAGUGGGUGGAAUGCGAUAUCACAAAGACUAAAGGAGUUUAAAGCCUGAAGAAGAAGCAGGACUGGCCUUCACAGUGGUCUUAUAGCCUGGCCUUGCACCCAAGCUCCAGACACACACUCAGGACUCUGCAGACACUUGCCCUAGGGCUGGGCAAGACAAAGAACUGUGUAGGUUCGUUCUGCUGUGAGCUAUGGAUGUUAAGACAAGGCCAGCCCUUGGCACAGCCUGAGUGAGGACUGUGAGCCUUGAGAGGAGGCCAGAUACUUUUAGAAGAGAUAAAAUGUGUCUGCAAAGCCUUCCAUGGCCAAAUAUUUUCAAAUCAUGUGAUCACUGGAACUUAGUGUUCCAGAUUCCCACUUGGUUUUGUGGCCAAUGACUGUCCCUUCAUCACUGGGUCAUGCAAGGCUCUCCUGGUGUUGUGUUUCAUUCCUCCCCUGUCUGUAUUCUUCUCUACAUCACAAACCCCAGCCCCACAUGUCAAAACUCAUCCCUGUCCAUAAAACACACAAUGCAGGCUGGGAAGAUCAUGCCGUGCAUAAAAUGCUUACCUUGGAAUUAUAUGAUGGCCUGAGUACGGAUCCCCAGCACCCAUGUAAAAAGCCAGUGUGGUCACAUAUGUCUUUAACCCUAGCUGGGGUCGGGGUUACAGAGAGAGUGGCCAGCUAAUCAGUAAGUGUGGGUGAGAGACCCUCAGCUCGGUGAGACCGCUCAGAUUGUGAAACAUUUGUUGCAUAAGCCUAGCUGCCUGAGUUCGAGCCCCAGAACCCAUAUAAAGGUGGGGGGAGGAAAACAGCUACACAAAGUGGUCUUCUGACCCCCACACAUGAGCACAGUGGCGUCAUCAUGAGCACAGUGGCAUCACCACCACCACCCUGCAUAUAUAUAUGCAAGCACAGACACUAAUAAUAAUAAUUUUUUGUUAACAAAGAGAGACCCUUUCUUAAAAGGUAAGGCACAGAGAGACUGAAGAAGACACUCAGCAUUGACCUCUGACCUCCACAUGCAUGCAAACCCAGACAUGUACACACGCACAUACACUAUGCAAUGCUGUGUGCACAAGAACACAGCAUAAGUGACAUUGGAAUGGGUUCUAAUUCUUCCACUUCCUUUCACAAACUUGUUGUUUGGGUUGUAUUUUGUUUUGUUCUUGUUUUUUUGACGGGAUC